UGUGUUUAUUCAUAAGGAGGAUGACCGUGAAUUAUCAUUCGAAAGAAAUACGUAUUCACCAAUCUCACGUCGAAAUCCGAUUGGACAUCGCAUGUCGUUGCGAACUGUCAAGGUGACAUCAAACAGAUGACUUCAUUGGCAGUCGGCACGCUGUUUGUCUCCCGGCAAAGUGUUCGUCGCAAAAUACUUUGUUCGCGCGGUAGUGUUUAGAUUUCCCGCAACAUGGAACAGGAGAAUGAAUUUGCAGGGGUCCUCGCAGAAUUAACUUCAUCGAAAAGCUAUCAAUCAACGCUCAAUCUACUCCGCAGUCCUGAGUACAGGAAUCGUGUCAAAUUACGAUGUUCUGAUGCAAUCCAAGCAUGCUUUAUACACCUCACGGACGAGAACUAUGAAUCAAACCUAGACCUGUACUGCUGCUGCGAAGAAUUUUUGAAGUAUGUCGCAAGCACCGGGCCUCCGGAUGAAAUUCUCCUGGAUCUCCUGGAAGUACUCGAGACGUCUCGAUCCGACAAUGUGUUCACGAGUGUACUGAAAGCAUUACAAAUUUGUUUGCUGAGACAACAGCAUCGGGUGAACGGCCUCGAGUGGGGUUUAAGUUCGAUAGUGAACUUCGUUGCUCAACUGGAAGUGCCUGAAGCGCUAGAACGUGGCUACGAUGAGAAGGCAGAAAAAUUGCUUGAGCAAGAUGUUCAGGUUAAUCGCGUUCUAAUGACAUAUAUGACCAUUAAUAUGUUUCUAGAGCCGUUGAUAAAGGAAGCUCUCAACUGCGGGCAGGAUGGCGAGGUGAUAUUCAAGAAGCGCUCGAGAACGCGGCGUAACAUCCUAAUGUGCUUCAUGCUCCAGCUUCUCGGACGUCCACUGGCGCUUCUAGAUUUAUCUAAUUGCCCAGACUCUGCUGCAAACACAAAUUCCCUUUUCUGUGCCCGCACACUAUCAGGAGCAAUUUGCAACCUCCUCAACGACCCAUUAUGGUUACUACACUAUUCUGAAAGCAAGGUUCGUUUUCAACGGAAGUGGAGGAAGCAGCCAGAAAAGAGAGGAGAUAGCAGGAAUGCCUGUCAGGACGUAUUUCUUUUGGACGAAAAGCUACCGCUGUUAUCAUUAGGCAUUUUAUAUUACCUGCUCCUUGCAGAGGACCUGCUACCAGACACAACACCAAAAGUUUAUAACCCGCUUUACAUAUUUGAAAUGAGUCUUUACUUAGUAAACUGCUUGCUUCGUGCAGAUGAAUCCGCUAUACAAUAUAAGGGAAUUCGCCUUGGUGCCAAAGUUGUAAAUAAUCUCGCUACGAACAAGGUUGGUCGUGAUACACUCAGCCUAACAAUUCACCAGGACUUUUGCGCCGCCCUUUCACAUGUCAUUAUCUUUAGUUCGGUAGAAAGGAAUCGAAAACUGGGUUUGCAGUUGCUCAACGAAUAUGUCGCCCAUUUCGAUGAACCAGGACAGUUUCACCUCAUCCAAAAUUUGGUUAGAUCUACAAAACAUAGUGGCCUGAAGGGAUAUUCAAUAGGAUUAUAUAAAAACAUGAUUGCGAAAUCAUUAGAAGCCGAUGAAUUGCCUGCACACCUCAGUUCAGCUGAAUUCAAGACGUUUCUGUUGCGUACGAUUUGCAGUCUUCCAGACAAAGUCGAAACGGAUUUGAUCGAGAAUUCAGAGCAAGUUUUAGCAGCCUUAAAUAUUAUCCGAUAUUUAGCAAUUCGUGAUAAGGAAAAUCGGAGUAAAUUCUGGGAUUUUCUGGACGAGUUGGAGAGAAGUUACCUUAAGCCAUUAAGAACGGCUAUUGACCUCUCUAGAGCGCACUUCAAGAAGGAACGUGAACAAGUAAGCGUUUCCAAGAGUGAAACAAUGGAAAUACCAAGGGAGCUUAAGAUUUCGGUAGGAAAUGGAGAUCAUUUGCCUGACAUCACCAAACAACAUAAAUUGAAGAUGCUAGAUGGCGCGUUACUCACAUUCGAUUUAAUAGAAAGUCUUCUGUGUCGAGUUGAUGAAUGUAUUGUAACACGAAAAGAAAACAAAGCUUAUGUUAAGCAAUAAACAGUUUUCUUAAACAAUGAAAAGUUUAAUCAUUUCAACACGUAGAAUUUACAUUACAUUUUAAGGAGCGAGCCCACUGGGAACGGCAGGCCAGAUUUGCUAACGCUCACUGGGGACAACACGACAGUUUCGACUAACGCU